UCAGCCUCCAGGUUGAGAGGCAACUCCCGAAAUAGCGCUGCGCGCAGGGAAGCCUGCAUGCGAGGGGAAAAUGGCUGAAAUGGUUUCGCCGAUUACUCGACAGGUUUCUAAGGAAAAAUGGGAAGCUGGAACAACAUUCCUCGAUAUAAACCUCCAAGAUGUCGAGGACUGUUUGAUUUACGACCGCCGUGGAGUCUCUUCCCCUUUCAAGAGCUUAUAUCAACACAGCAAAACGGUCAUAAUUUUCGUCCGGAAUUUCUUGUGCUACAGCUGCAAGGAUUAUGUUGAUGAUUUGAGCAAAGUGCCCAGAGGAGCGCUGGAGGAGGCUGGAAUUAGACUGGUUGUUAUAGGUCAGUCUGCUCCUCAACAUAUAGAGCCUUUCUGCAUGCUGACUGGGUAUUCUUACGAAAUGUAUGUAGACCCACAAAGAUCCAUUUACCUAAAGCUGGGAAUGAAGAGAGAAGAGACAUUCACAGACUCUGCGCUGCCCAGUCCCCAUGUGAAGUCUGGUUUAUUUAUGGGCCAGAUAAAGAGCAUAUGGAGGGCCAUGACCAGCCCGACCUUUGACUUUCAGGGUGAUUUGCAUCAGCAAGGUGGAGCCAUCAUUGUAGGACCAGGCUCUCAAGUUCAUUUUUGUCAUUUUGACAUGAACCGCCUGGAUCACAUGCCCAUCACCUGGCUCCUUCAACUAGCUGGAGUCCAACACACCCUGGACUUCAGUGAUAAACCAAAAAUUAUCCAUGUGUAGCAUUAACUACCAAUGUAAGUUGGUGAAAACGCUACUAGACCUGACUCUUCAUAUAACUGUAUGCAUUGAAAAUGCAUUCAUUGUCCUGGUUCACCACCUUUAUGGUACUACUGGUAAACUACUGGUAAACAGAUGUCCUGAUUAAAACUUUGGUGUUACUCAUUUCCGUUAAGAUGAUAAAAGUCAGUUCCAAACUUUUUUUUUCUUUGAAAGGAGGUAUGUAGAUUUAAGUUUUUGUGAUGUUUAUUUAAAACCUUAGAAAUGAUCAGUUACACUCCUGUCUCUCAGAGAUCGGUGCUUGAUACUGUAAUCCGGUGUCACUUUUAGUCUGAUCUUAUCAGGGUUUAGAUUCAAACUACAGUAGAGAUGAGACUUUUUUUACUCAAGGUAGUUAAAGCAUCGUUCAAGCAUCUUGUCAAAAGAUGACUUCAGAACAGUAAUUGAUACCUUUUUUACAACUCUGUUGGAUUACUGCAACUCUACAGGGGUUGGACAAUGAAACUGAAACACCUGUCAUUUUAGUGUGGGAGGUUUCAUGGCUAAAUUGGACCAGCCUGGUAGCCAGUCUUCAUUGAUUGCACAUUGCACCAGUAAGAGCAGAG